AUGGGUGACAGGACAUCCAUUGAAGCCCCCUCCUCAAGAACUUGGAAGUACCAAGUGUUUUUGAGCUUUAGAGGUGAAGACACACGCAAGGGCUUCACAGGCCACCUCCACGCCGCAUUAUCUGAUGCCGGAAUCCGCGCCUUUCUUGACGACAACGAGCUAGAAAGAGCGGAAUUUAUAAAAAACCAACUGGAGCAGGCAAUCCACGGGUCCAUGAUCUCGAUAAUUGUCUUCUCAAAGCGGUAUGCCGAUUCCAGUUGGUGUCUUGAUGAGCUGGUGAAGAUCAUGGAGUGUAGAGAGAGAUUGGGGCAAAAGGUUAUUCCAUUGUUCUAUAAUGUUGAUCCUUCAGAUGUCCGGAAACAGACUGGUAGUUUUGCACAAGCAUUUGAGAAACAUGAAGCGGGCAUCUGUGAAGGUAAACAUGAGAAAGAAAAGGUACAGCGGUGGAGAAAUGCUCUCACUCAAGCUGCAAAUUUGUCUGGGGAAGAUCUUAAAAAUGCUGACAAUGGGCAUGAAGCAAAGUUUAUCAACAAAAUUCUUGGGGUGGUUAAUAAGCAGUUGUACAACAAAUACCGAUUAGACAUCAAACACCCUGUUGGAAUUACUUCUCGGGUGAAGGUUUUGAGUAAUUACUUAGAUAUUGAAAAUUCAGGUUCUAAGGAUGUUGUUCGCAUGAUCGGUAUUUGGGGGAUGGGCGGCAUUGGGAAAACAACGCUUGCCAAAGCCAUUUAUAACGAAUUUGAAGGUAGCUUUGAAGGUAGGAGUUUCCUUGAAAACGUGAGGGAAGUAAUUGCAAACCAACCAAUGGGUCUGGUUCGUUUGCAAAGACAACUUCUAAAUGAUAUCUUGAAAAGCAAGGGCCCCAAAAAGGUUGACUCUGUUCCUAAAGGGAUCGAGAUGAUAAGAAAAAGACUUCCCUGUAAAAGAGCACUUGUCAUAAUUGACGAUGCAGAUGAUCUACACCAACUAGAAGCAAUUGCUGGAGCGCGUGAUUGGUUUGGCCCUGGAAGUAGAAUUGUUAUAACAACAAGAAAUAAACAUUUGCUAGAGCAAGUUGGAGUGGAUAGCACAUGUAUCGCUGAAAAAAUGGAUGAGGAAGAAGCUCUAGAGUUCUUUAGUUGGCAUGCCUUCAAAAGAGGUUAUCCUAAUCAAGAAUACCUUGACCUCUCAAAACGUGUAAUUCGUUACUGUCAAGGCUUGCCACUAGCACUUCGAGUUGUUGGGUCUUUUCUGAUUAGAAGAUCCAUAGCGGGGUGGGAAAGCCAUUUGGAGAAAUUGCAAAGAAGUCCUGAUGGAGAUAUUCAAAAAAUACUCAGAAUAAGUUAUGACGGGCUACCUGACCAUACAACGAGAAAGAUAUUCCUUGAUAUAUCUUGUUUCUUUAUUGGAAUGGACAAGGACUAUGUUACACAAAUAUUAGAUGGAUGUGGCUUUUAUGCAACGAUAGGAAUCAGUGUCCUCAUCGAACGGUGCCUUGUAACUGUUAGUGAGCAAAACAAGCUGAUGAUACAUGAUUUGCUUCGAGACAUGGGAAGAGAGAUCGUUUGUAAAAAUGCAGAUGGUCACCCUGAAAAUUUUAGUAGAUUGUGGAAACGUGAAGACGUAACAGAUGUAUUGAGCGAUGAAUCUGGAACUAAAAAAAUUGAAGGAGUUGCUCUAGAUUCGGAUCUAGAUUUGACUAGAUUCAGUGCACAAGCAUUUACCAACAUGAAAAAACUGAGGUUACUCCACCUCAGCAAAGUAGAGCUCACUGGAGAGUUCAAAGAUUUUCCCAAAAAUUUAAUGUGGUUGAGGUGGCAUUAUUUUCCUUUAGAGUCCAUGCCAGAUGACUUUCCUAUGCAACCAAAACUAGUUGGUUUAGACCUGCGGCAUAGCAAACUCAAAAUAGUUUGGAAGGAUUGCAAGUUGCAUCAGAAUUUGAAAAUCCUUAAUCUCAGUGGUUCCCUUCGGCUAACAAAAUCACCAGACUUUUCAAAACUCCCAAAUCUCGAGGAAUUGAUAUUGCAACACUGUGUGAGUUUGUCUGAGGUUCACUCAUCCAUCGGGGAUCUUGGAAGACUUGUUUUGGUAAAUCUUCAAGGCUGCGAAACGCUAAGGGAUCUCCCACUGAAUUUCUAUAAAUCCAAGUCUAUCGAAACUCUUAUACUGAAUGGCUGUUGGAGUUUUAAAAAUUUGGCUGAGGGCUUAGGGGACAUGGUAUCAUUGACAACUCUGAAAGCGGAUUACACAGCCAUCAGACAAAUUCCAUCUUCCAUAUUAAAAUUGGAGAAACUGAAAGUUUUAUCUUUAUGCGAUGUGAAAGGGUCGCCAUCAACAAAUCUUUUGCCUCCUUCAUUGCAAAGUUUAAGCUCUUUAAGAAAAUUAGAUCUUGCAAACUGGAGUUUAACUGAUGAUGCAGUACCCAAGGAUCUCGGUAGCCUAAUUUCCUUAGAAAAUUUAGAUCUUGCAGGAAAUGAUUUUUGCAGCCUACCAAGCCUCAGUCGUCUUUCAAAGCUUCAUGAUUUGUCUUUGAAUAAGUGCAAAACUCUUCGUGCAAUCCCAGAUUUACCAACAAAUUUGAAAGUCUUACGAGCAGAUGGCUGCGUUGAAUUGGAAAAAAUGCCAGAUUUUUCAGAAAUGUCAAAUAUAAGAGAAUUGUAUCUAAGAGAUUCGUGCAAACUCACUGAGAUUCCAGGCUUGGAUAAGUCAUUAAACUCCAUGACAAGGAUUCAUAUGGAAAACUGCACUAAACUCACUGCCGAUUUUAGGAAGAACAUCCUACAGGGCUGGACUUCUUGCGGAUAUGGUGGCAUUGUUAUCAGUGGAAAUGAUAUUCCUGAUUGGUUCGACUAUGUCCAUGACGAUGAUUUUGUGUAUUUCACUGUGCCUCCAAGUGGUGAUCGUAUUUUGAAAGGGUUAACUUUGUCCUUCGUUUGCUCUUCCGAAUUAUACGGUUGUCGUAUUAGCAUUAAAAACAUAACCAAGGGUACUAAGCUUGACCCCUGCAUCAUACCCCAUUGUCGAACUACGAAUUAUCUUUGGCAGGGACAGUUAUCAAAUGACGAGCUCAAAUUGCAAGAUGGUGAUAAAGUCUUGAUUGAAAUAAUAGUGGUGGAAGAUGAAUCGGUGAAGAAAACAGGUGUAAGUCUGGUAUGGGACAAAUUUAUGAACGAAAAUAUGAUUGAUUACCAUGUGUAUGAACGACGCCCAUUUCAAAAUCUGGGCGAAAAAAAUGACUUCAUUCAUCUCAUAUGUGAAGAUCACAUAACAGAAUCACCAGACUUUUCAAAAUGGCCAGAUCUCGAGAGGAUGAUAGUGAAAGGUUUUAUAAGGUUCACUCAUCCAUCGGGGAUAGACUUUUUGUUUGGUUUUCAUAACUUGGCUGAUGGCUUAGGGGACAUGGUAUCAUUGACAAUUUUGGAAGCAGAUAAGACAGCCAUCAGCCAAAUUCCAUCUUCCAUAGUAAAAUUGAAGAAGUUGAGAAUUUUAUCUCUAUCUGGCUGCUGCUUGUCAACUGAGGAUGCAAUCCCUAAGGAUCUAUGUAGCCUAAUUUCCUUAGAACAUCUGCUUCUUGGAGACAAUAACUUUUGUAGCCUACCAAGUCUCGCUGGUCUUUCAAAGCUCAAAGUCUUGUCUUUAAAUGCAUGCAGAGAACUUCGUGCAAUCCCAGAUUUACCAACCAAUUUAUGGACUUGCGGAUUUGGUGGAAUUUAUUUGAAUGGAAUUUAUGGUAUUCCUGAGUGGUUCAAAUUCGUCAAUGAUGUGGACAAUUUCGUCUUCUUUAAAGUUCCUCAAAGAAUCAUGGGUCGUGAUUUAAAAGGGUUGACUAUUUGCUUCGUUUACACAAGAAGGUCUUAUGGUGAUUAUCCGGGAUUUGAAGAUUCUCAAGGUCUUAUUGGCAUUAUCGUUAGAAAUUUUACCAAACAAACUGCUUUGCGCACUUGGAUAGCAUUUGACUCGGUAGAAACUUGCAGUAAACCUGAAGACGAUUAUCUUUGGCAGGGACAAUUGUCAAACGAUGUGCUCUGUUUGCAAGGCGGGGACCGAGUCUGCAUUCUUGUAAGGCCUGAUGAUGUUGAUUUUGUGAGAGUGAAGAAGACAAGGUUUCAUCUAGAAUGGGACAAAGUCAUGAAGGAAAUAUGGAUAAUCCGGAUCCUCAUUUGUAUGAUUUGGAAACAAAUCGAGACUUUUGAGGGGAGUUGA